GGAUUUCAAAUCCCUUGAUGUAUUCAUUAUUUUUGGCAAAUCAUUCGGUUGUUUUGGCCUCACUUUUAUCUACUCCACAAACAUUAGCAAUGAAGGUUUUGAUAAAUGAAUAAAAAUUGGGCGUUUCCAAAGUUUACUAUUUUACUAAUGCUUUUGUUUAAGCGAAUUUUCUUCUUUAAGGGUCAAUCUGUGUCACCAGCUACCUACAACUUCUCUUAGCAAAGUCUAAUGAAUAUCAGUUCUGCGUACUUCAUUUCUAAUAUUUCUAAUCGUUUGAAACGGUCCCAUUAGUUAAUAUAUCAUUGUUGCAUGUAUAUACUCAUCUGUUGUUUUUAUACAUAACGUAUGUAUCUAUUUCAAGUUGUCGUUUUUUUAGGACUUGCAUCCAAUGUCAAAGAAUAUAUGCUCCUUAUUUUGCCAAGGUUAACUUAUGAAUUGAACAGUAAUUCAUUAUCAAUCAUCUCAUUCUAAAAUUUCAUGGUUAUUACCUUGAACGCGAUUAUCUCCAGGAAAAUAUUUUUGAGUGUCAGUGAAGCGGUUUGUAAGGUCUCAUAGAAACUCCUAGUUGAAGACUGUAAAACUAAUUCAGAACCAAAUGUUACCUAAACCAUUACCCUACACCAGUGAUGACACUAAUAUCUCCGAAUCCACACUUAGCAAUCAUGGUUCGGAUUUAUUUUCUAACACACAACAGAUAAACCCAUCUUCAGUCAAUUCGAAUGCUCUUGAUUCAAAUAUUAAUCCUGAAACCAACCACAACGGUAAAUCGCUCUUAGUUGAAGCCGCCUCAUCACAAACUACAGAUAAUGCAAAAACUAUUUCUUAUCAGCUUCCCACUAACUCUGCUUAUGAGUCGUUAUCACUAAGUUCCAAGAAAGAUGACAUUAUUCCAAGUUCUGCAUUACUUCAGGAGAUUUCAGUGAAUAUAGACGCUUAUCGGCCUUCUAAUGAUUUGCCAGAUAACGAAAAUGUGUUAAGUGAUUCUAUUCACCAGUCUGACAACUUACUACUUCAUAAACAAGUCGAAACACUAACAUGUAAACUCAUGGCCUCGCAAGAUCAGAUUGAUCGGCUUUUAGAAGAAAAACGUAUUUGGGUUGAAAAUAUGCAGCAUGCAAAUAAUUCUAAGGAAUCAAAUCAUCAAGUAACUCCAGGUGAGCUACGCGGAAGAUGGAUACAAGCUAAAAAUUUAGCUGAAACAUAUAAACGCGAAAAGGAAUCUAUGGUUAUUAAGUACGCUCAGAGUGAACAGAAACGAAUACAAUUAGAACAACAGAUUCACAGUCUGGAAUGUAAAAUAGGCCGUUUAUUGAAUUCAAAUAACUUCGAACAACAUCAACAGACGGAGGGAACUGAAAAGACUGAUGAUACAGAUAAGUCUUUAGUAAAAAACCAACCUCAUAAAACAUCUGUGAUAAAUUCAUCGAUAGCGAACAACGACUCCAAUGAGAAAUCUAACAUAGAACAUCUUCAAAAGGAUCUUGCUUUAGCUCGUGAGCAAAUCGAAAGCUUGUCUAAAAAGCAGUCCACUGAUGAGUCACGUAUCAGUACAUUAACGUCAAAGUUAUCUCAAGUUCAAGAGUCACUUAAAAGCGAGCAAAAGAAAUCUUCAUCUUUGAAUGAAAAUUUGAAUCGUGUUAACAAGUCUUUAGAAAAUGCACUAAAACAAGCAAAGGAGGCUGAACGUCUUCGUGAACGUGAAGCUGAACGCCUCUGUUCUGAAGUUGCACUUCAGGAAGCUCAGACUAGUUUAAAACACCUUAGAAUUGAAAACGACACUCUUAAGCAACAAUUGAAAGCCUUGGAAAAUGUAAAAAGUGAUCUUGAAAAAUCUCAAUCUCAUAUAGAUGAACUUAACAGUAAGUUAUCAUCCGCAAAUGAUUUGACAUUAGAGUUACAAUCAUGUAAACGUCGUGUUGACCAACUAUCAGAUUUUACACGUCGUCUAACUGAACGCCACGCAAAUCUACAAGCUGAGCAUCUAGUUACACUCAGUUCGCUAGAAGAAACUAAAAAUCUAUUAAUUGAGAAAGGUGAAGAAAUUGUACAACUCAACGAGAAGCAUGAAAGUGAACGUAAAGAAUCAGAAGGGAAAAUGAAUACACUUCAGUGUGAACUCAAUGACUUAUCUGUAAAGUUGAACCAGCUUAAUGAAUCAGAGAAUUGGCUUAAAAUUCAGUUAAAGGAAGAAAAAGAACGUGCUACAGCCAUUCGUAAACGUGAUGCUGCACGAAUUAAAGAUAUAUCUCGUGAAGUAACACGUUUGUCACAUUAUCAAAAUAAAACAAAUCAAUCAGACUGUUGUCGUCCAACAAUUAAUCCUCUAUCCGAUUUAGAAAAUGAAUCGAAUUCAAAAUCGUCUACGAAUUCUUUAAAUGGUUCACUGAAAUCUUUGGACUUAACUCAAAUUAUUUCUGAGCGCGAAAAUGAAAAACUCGUUAGUCCUGUGUCGCCACUACCAAUGAAGAUUACAAUAACUAACCAAUUAGAUGAUUGUUUGUCAUCGUCAGUUAACAAUAAUAAUAAAAUUGAUAAUUGUGAAUCAACAGUUGUUGAAAUGUCAUCUAACUUCAAUUGUUCAGAACGUGAUGUACUUCUAGAGAAAAUUGAUCGUCUUCAACGUAGUCAAGUAAAAUUAACAGACAAAAUUGAAUUUUUUCAAGAACAUUGUUAUCAACUUACAGAAGAAUUAAAUAAAAAAAGUAAAGUUAUUCAGAAUCUCCUUGUUUCAAUCGAUAAACAUUGUGGUUCAACAAAUUCAUUUAUUAAUGAUAAUAAUCAUAGUAACAGAAAAAUGUUAAAUGUUAAUCAAAAAUAUAAUUCGAUUAUAUCUUCAUUAUCUAGUGGCAGUGCCAAGACAAAAACUGCUGAUACAGGAUCAUGUCUUGGUGAUAAUACUCAAAAACUUCAAAAUUUACUAGAAGAUACAAUAUUCAAGAAUAUCACAUUGAAAGAAAGUUUAAAUAAAUUGGGCCUAGAAAUAUCCAGUUUACGUUUAACUCAUGGACGUAUGCUAAACUCCGUUUGUGAUUUAUGUAAAAUAACCAUUGAAGAUAUACUUACAGCAUCGGAAAAAUCUAUUCAUCAAUCACAACACUCAAACAAUCAUUCAGAAACGCAAUCAAAGUCAGAACCACCAAUAUUUCAAAAUGGUGGUGUCAAUGCAUAAAACAGAAAUUCAUCUCCCAAUUGUGGUUGCUACUGUUCAAUAUAUUUUUUUCUGAUUACUACUUUAACCUUACAAAAAUAACCAUGUUAUUGAAUCAAGAUUUUCAUUGUCCAUAAUUAACUUUCCAGAGUAUAAGAUAAAAAAGAAGACCGAAUCUAUCUGUUGAAUCAUAUUUUGAUGCACAUUGAUAAACAUAAUAGUCUCAAGAUAUUUUGCCAUCCGUUUAACUCUCUCUGUCUAAUAUAUAUAUAUGAUGUGAAAUAUGAAGGAUGCUGCACAGUGCACUUUCAUUUGUCUCUCUUCAUUUUCCUCUUUUUUUUUCCGUUUCACCUGAAAUACUUCUUAUCGAUUAUAACAUUCAAUGUAUUCUGACAGCUCUGUAUUGUUCUCAUUCAUUAUUAUACACUGUAAUAAUAAUCUUUAUAAUUUCUCUAGUAUCUGUGAUGUCUUUAUAAGCAUAAAAUAAUAUCAACAGAAUCAUCCAUUGAAUGUUUUUCUUUCGAGAUUACUUUUUACAAAUUAUGUUGGUUUUGUUUAGUUUCAAGAAAAAAGAAAAAAAGAGAAUUAUUUUCGUUGUUUACUUGUUAUCCUAUUUUAUUGUUUAUGUAAAUGAUGAUAUCUCUUGAAUCGAAUUCUUGUCAGUAGUGUAUCAUACAUAUUUUAAUUAAGUAAUGCAUACAUGAUGAGUACAGUUCUUUUUUUCGAAAAAGUUUCUCGUACAAUCGAUCAAUCUCUUAAUUUUGUUUGUUUGUUUGUAAUUUUUUAUACUUAAUGGUUUUUACCGCUUUUAAAAUGUCUACAAAUGUAGUCAGUUUUAUAAAUACUGUACAAUAUGUCCAAUAAAUUUUAAUAUUACC